AUGAGCAGUCGCCUUGUAUCACCUUCCUCACUUCACAAUUCCAGGCUUUACCUCGCUCCGAUCAUCAUUCCCGUCGGUGACGUUCUAACCUACGACUGGGCUGUUCCUUUUCCCCCCGGGACUUUGUAUGAAAUAUGCAUGUUUGAUAAAAACGGGCACACGGGCGGGUGUCAAGCAGCAUAUACAGUUACUUCCCCCACUACUGAACCUACCUGUGCAAACGUUACCUUGCCACCCUUUCUUUCUGUCGAUGCCCAAGUCAAUAACGGCCCAAUGUCGAGGUAUGGAUGGAUUGAACAAUGUUCUGAUAUUUCUGUUACCCCCAAGAACGGAACUCCCCCGUACACUCUUACGGUAUGCUCUCGACUUCCUUUACAUCGUUCGCAUCAACACAUAACUCGUCAUAUUGUGCAGGUUGCUCCUUCCCUCCAUCCUCCAUACAACAUUACGAGUUCUGAUAUGAAGAGCAUCAAUUGGACGGUUACACUGUCAUGGGCGUCGCCGUUUUUUAUAAGUGUCGUCGAUUCCGCCGGUAACAUGUGGGCCAAUGGACUGUUACAUAGCGGCUCUGGUUCUAACACCGCCUGUCUUUCUGGUGGCACAGCUCAAGCGAUGAGCCCCCAUAUGGUCAAACCGGUUAUCGCCAUUGGUGCGGGUGCUGGUGGACUAGGCCUUGGGCUUCUUAUACUGGUCGUCGUAUUAUUCUGCCAGCGGCACCGCCGUCAUCUCAAGAAAAGAUAUGUGGAUCGCGAUCCUCCCACUACCCCAGGAGCCUUGUCAACGCAGCAAACGCCAGCGGCUUCGAGGAAUCUUAGGAACAAUUUGCUGGGAACUACCAACCGAUUACCGACUUACAACAUCGAGCCCUUCAUAAUGCCUGGGGAAGAGGAGCCUCUCAGCCGUGAAUCGGGUUCACCCCUUCCCAGCGCGACUGGUCGUACCCUAUCCUCUGACAACUCCUUUGGUGCGCAAAACCAAAUCUACGUCGUUCACCAUGAUAGCCAAGCCCCGCCUGUGACUAUCUAUCACGAGGAUGGUACGCGCGUCGUCGAGUUGCCGCCGAGGUACCCUGCUAGCGGUUCCGGUCGGAGCGAAGGGGCGAAUGAGACGCGGGCAGGGAGACGCAGUACGAGUGAUAGCAAGAGCGAUGGGGAACGGGCGGACGUAACCGCAACCGCAACUCAGAGAAUUCUUAGGGAACACCGAAGGCCAAACGUCUCCAAAAAGUCUCUUGGGGGGGAGGUUGAUUGA